AUGGUUUUCUAUUUCACAAGUAAUGUAACUUCACCGCCUGUUAAGCUAUUUAUGGGAAUUGAUAAGUACGAAAACGAGGAUUUAAUUAAAUGGGGAUUUCCUGAAGAUGUCUGGUUCCAUGUUGAUAAUGUCUCUUCCGCUCACGUAUACUUAAGAUUGCAAAAGAAUCAAACUUUAGACGAUAUUCAUCAAGAUGUAUUAAUUGAUGCGUGUCAAUUAGUUAAAGCAAACUCUAUUAAUGGCAACAAGAUGAACAAUAUUGAUAUAGUAUAUACAAUGUGGGAUAAUUUGAAGAAAACUCCGUCAAUGGAAGUUGGACAAGUUUCAUUCCAUAAUCCUAAGCUUGUAAGGAAAAUGAGAGUAGAAAGACGUAUUAAUGAAGUCGUUAACCGACUGAACAAGACAAAAAUUGAGGAACAUCCAAACUUUCAGCAGCAGCGUGAAGAAAGAGAUGGACUUGAAAGGCAGGAUAGGAAGAAAGUUGUUCGAGAACAUAAGGAACGAGAGAAGGAUAUGCUAAAAAAGAAGUUGGAAGAGGCAGAAAUGAAGAGCUAUUCUAGUUUGCACAAGCCUGAAAAAAUGUCAACGAACUAUGAUGAUGAUAAUGAUUCUGAUGAUUUUAUGUGA